AUGGAGGAAAUUCAAGACCUUGAUAUCGAAGAGAUUUUAAAAGCGUUUCCGAAGCUAAAGGAUAAAGAAAAGGCCAAUAUAAAAUGGUUAUUGCUAUCCUUUAACCCAGUACCGUUGGAGUUUUAUAGAUACUUAAAUCGCAAAACGAAACAUACUUCUGUCACUUUAUAUGUCUGUGCGAUUUCAGCGAUUUUAACAUUAUCAGAAGGCAUUUCCGAAGAUAGAAUGUUAUUGUUUCAGAACAUUCAGAAAAGAUGGAGCUUCAAAAAUGAUUGGAAUACGUAUAUCGCGGAGAGAUCAGCGCUUAUGGCUAUCAAAUCAAGUUACAGGGUUCAAAAAGAUUACAACAAUGAAGUUUCCUCGCAGUAUCCAAAAAAACGAAAGCGCGAUGAUCCAUCGACGCCCAAUAAACCAGUUAUUCGUUUGGACAUAAAACAAAAAUAUCCUCAGGUUGCAUUCUUAAAAAAGGUCAAAUUUGCUCCAGAAGAACCCGAAGAUGAAAACCCAUUCAGAUCAAAAAAUUCAGCGGAACGAGAUAAUCAAAAUGUUGUGGAUCCAGUCAAUUGGCGUGAAUGGUUGGAGAAUGUUCUAGAGUUUUCGAUAGAUGAAAUCAGAAUAAAAAUCUUGAACCCAUAUACUGCGAAAAAUAAAUUUGACGACACGAUGAUACGAUACACUGGAAAAGAGCAUGGCAGACAUUU